AUGUAAUAAACAGCAUCGGGUCCUAGUCCAGACGAAGUUAUGGUUUACUUUUUUACAGAAGAACCAAAAUAUUAUCAAAGAGAUUAUUCUGUGAUAAUGGAAGACCUGAUGAAGAGAGAAAAAUGCGAUUGGGUGUUAUUUAAUGAAGAUUCAAGACAGUAUGCUAAUGAAGAAAAUAUUUAAUUCUUAAGUGACUUAAAAGCUAUUAGACUAAUAGAAAUUUCAUAGAUGUUAAAACUAAAUAAACAACUCCAAGAGAAAAUCGAUGAGUAUGAUAAAUUGAAAAUAAAACCUGAAGAUUAAGAAUCACUUAUACAACAUUACGGCAGCUUACGUGAUACAACCUCAUAUUAAGCCAUUUCAAUACAAUAAAAAGAAAAAAAAGCGUCUGACCUAGAAUAGGAAUUAAACUAAUAGAAAGAUUUGGUAAAAAAAUAUCAAAAAGAAAAAGAAUAAUAUGAAUAAGAUUUAAAAAACAAAAUCAAUUAAUAUAAUGAAUUGCUAACUAAAGCAACGAAUGAAUUACUUUAAAAGAAAAAAUUAGCGAAUGAUAAUGAAAUAUUGAGAGUUUAGAGUCAAGAAUUAGAUUAACGUAGUGCGAAAACUGAUAUAUUAUAAAAAGAUAUAAGAAAUUUAGAAAAUCAAUAUAAUCAGUUAACAGAUUAAAUAAGAGACAAAUAAAAUCAAUUAAAUCAGUUAGAAAAAGUUGUAGAAGAAAGAUAAAAAGAAAAAGAAAAAGAAUUUUAGCAAUUAAAAAUAGAACAAUCAGAAUAAAUAAUUAGUAGAAGCAAUGAAUUCGUUAUUGCAUAGAACACAGUGAAAUAAAAUAAUAAAUUACAUGAAUCAUCGUCCUCAAAAACUGAUUCUCCUGAAGAAUCAGAAAUAAAUUAAGUUCCAUAUUAAUUAAAUUAAUUUCAAGACAAAUCCGUACAAAUGGGCCUUUAUGAUGAUUAAGGGAUCUGAUUUUUAAAUAUGCAAUUCUAUUGCUAUAAAUUUGUAUUUAUAU